AAAAAAAACUUGUAGAUUGGGGGGUGAAAAUGCUACGCGUUGCCGACGCGUCAAAUGGGUUUUCUGUAUAAUCAACAAUAGUUAUUAGUAUCUUGGUAACCUUAGAGUCGAAACUGUUUGGAAACCCGUCCUGGUAGUACAGAAGCUUGCUUAAACCAACUACACGUAACAACUCCCUGAUCUCGAUUUUGCUUUCACCUUCAAAUACAAAAAUGAGUGCUACAUAUCAAACAACCAGGACUGAAGUGGUGAACGGCUUCCAUGUUGAUUGCGAGAUUGGUGUUGUCUUUGACCCUAUAAAUGGAUGUGUUAUCAACCCUUAUUCAAGCGGAACGAAUUCUAAACCCACUCAAAGGGCUUUACAGAGGUGUUUGGAUCGCUGUGGGAACAAUAUUUACCAUGACUUCAGAGUGGCAGCGUACAACUCCGUGACAAUCAGUGGCACUAUUCCUGGUCUUCAAGUGGAGGAGUUUAGUAUGUGUUGCAGCUGCAAGUCCUUCUGCUAUCGCAAUGUUGCAGGAGCCAGGUCACAUCUUAGAGGGUGUGCAACACUGCACAAACGUUCAAUCCCAUGCAAAGGUUACUGUUUCUACUCUGGUCAACAAUUGAGAUACAUAGUGAUACAAGUGGGAACAUCAGCACGAUCUGAUGACUUUGCCCCUGGUGCAGUGGAGACUGUCACUUAUCCACUAUCUCCCAUGCCACAAUUGAAAAGUGGUGAUGCGCAGCAAGAGGUGACUCGUGCUGAUCAACUGAAAGCAUGUCCACACUUAAAUGAGUCCAAGAUCAUCCGCUUUGUCCACAAAUGGAAUAGCCUCAAAGAAGAAAAUCCUCUGGUCAGCUUGAUGGAUUUCAGAGAACAGUGGUCGCAUCAAUCUUCUCUUGUGAAGUUGGCAAAUGACAUUUACGAACACGCUCUCAAGUAUCAUAAGGAUAGGAGACAUUGCUUUGUGACGGACUCAAGAGUAUCGGAACACUCAACUGCUACAAAGGAUCCACCCUUUUGGCUCAACGAAGUGACGGACUCUACUCAGAAAGCUUACGUGAGCGUCUUCAAACAGUGGAUGUGCAAUAUGUGCGGUCUAAUGAAUUCGCCGUUUGUUAUGGAGAAAGUCAAUUCCAAUGCGGAUCUUUCCAAUCAUUUGAACGUGCUCUACUCUGCUGCAACUACUGGGCUCUAUGAUAAGACGGAAGUGACAAUUGCUCUUGCUAAGGCAACACGAAUAAUGAUGGCUGACCCAGGAAACGAGGAACUGUAUUUGGAAAGCUGUGGACUUCUGCUGGUAGGUCUUGCUCCAAAAGACGAGUCCGAGGGAUGUAACCAGUUUGUCGUAACUGAUUUACAGAAAACCUCGUUGCAGGCCCGGCGAAUGGAUGCCGUUGUCAACUUUACCAAGCUAUUGAUUUCAAGCUCUUUUGACGACGACACCGAGAACGAGACAUUCCAACACUUUAUUAACACAUCAAGACAAAGCCUUCCGAGGUUUGAGACACUCUUACACAUAAGGGAUCUUUCCAAGCAAUGUAAGGAAUCAGGACGACUGCCACUAAAUGUGAUACAAGAUUCAGAUAACGGUAUUCGCUGUGGUACAUUGCUUUUCAGAGAAGAGUAUCUUCCAACGCUUGUUCAAAAUGGGAUCAGUUCAUUCAAGGAAGAUCUCAAUCGUCUGUGCAGAAAGUACCCGUCACUGGAGUUUCCGGAUGUUGAUAAGGUAUGGCAAUAUAUCCUUCGGAAUGGAAAAGAAGAUGUUAUGGAAUCUGGAUCCGGGUUUUCGAUGUUUUCCUCACUUGCUGGUGAUUUUCAGCUCACCACUUUCCCUAAGACACUGAUAGACGAUGCUCGGCAAAAUGUAUGGAAGACAGUGAAGGAGUUCCAAUCAAUAGCGAUAGACAAUAUCUUCCCUCUGCUCUUGAUAUCCGUUUUUGGACCGGCGAGAGGCAGUGAAUACGCAAGAGCCACAUGGAGCAAUACGAGGAUCCUCAGCCGGUCACUUUUCAAGGAUGGGAUGUUUAUGAUGGCGGGUUCAAAGACGAGAACAUCUCAGAACAAACCAAAUGCACGGGUAAGAAUAGUGCCUACUCCGAUUCUGAAGUUAAUUGCUUAUUACAUCUACAUCAUCAGACAGAUAGAGAAACGAUUGCUUAUGGUUGGUGGGGUUCAGAUAACGAGUGGGCUUGAACAUCAUGAUGAGGAGCAGGAGGAGAGCCAAGGGGAGGAUGACGACUGCAUUGAUGAUAUUGAUAAGGAUGGGGAAUCCUCCGUUCCACUGCACUCCCCCACAAUCGGGGACAUGCUUGACACAUACAUCUUUCUAUAUGGAGACGCCAUCCUGAGCAGCACCAAGCGGACUGCUAUAAUCAGAAACUUCAUCUCAAGAAACAUUCCAUUCAAAGGAAAACACCAUGUGAGUGGUAUGACAGGAAGGAUUUUACGCCAUGUACUUAUCCACUAUAACCGUCUAAUCAUCACCAAGGACAGUCAAACUGACUCUCUGAUUCAGUUCAUGGAUCCCAUUGAACUCAGUGGAAACCAUUCUGUACAGACUGGCUUAUCCACAUAUGCAAAGACAGCUGAAGUGAACUACGCUAUUUUGGCUUUGGCCAACUGUUGGACGCGCUUUCUCUUUGAAUCACCACAGGCCCUAGUUGAUCAAGUUGCCUUCAAGUACCAUAUCGAUAACUCUAUCAACACCAAAGACUCAUACCAAUUGCGUGCGGUUGGUACCAUGUUAUAUGGAAAAGACUUUGACUACCUGAGCGAUAAGCAAUGUUCGAUAACUGAGACAUCGUACUUCACAAAUCAAUCCAUUCUGGUGAAUUUGAAGACUGGUUUCGGGAAGACGAUUGCAUCGCUGCUUCCAGCUGCUGCUGAUGCGUUGCACUUUAAACACAGACAUAAUCCAAAUCAUCCGGACUACAAGAAUGCGUUAAACUGCUCGGUGCACACCAAAAAAAUGUAUGGGGAAAUUAAACUGCUUGGUAGAAUUAAACUGCUUGUCAAAGCAGUUUAACUUCUUUUUUUAGUGCAUUAAUUAAUGUAAUUGGAAUGACUAAUUUAUAUCACUGGAUUGGUGUGAAUCUGAACUCUACAAUGAGACUGAUUUCAUGUCGGUAGCCCGGAAUACAAGAAUGCGCGAAAUUGCCUCAUGACCACCAAAAAAGACGUUUUGGGAAGCAUAUCUGGCUCAUGAAAAAUAUAUGCCUCAUGAUGCAAAUGUUACUUGGUGUCUGGCUAUUUCAAUUAAUGUGAUUGGAAAGACUAAUUUAUAUCACUGGGAUGGUGUGAAUCUGCAGUAUACCAUGAGACUAAUUUCAUGUCGUUAGCCCG